GUUGAAAUAUCUAAAAAACUAGAAGCAAGAAAUAUAUACUUCAGAAGAUAAUAAUGCAAUGGGAUCUAAAGGUAAAAGAGGAAAUUGAAUUUUUCUUACCAGUUGCAGUUCCUGAUCGCUUGUCCUUGAAUACUGAAGCUGUCUUUACCUUGAGGGGAGUGCAAACGAGACUGUCAUUUUCUCCAACUUGAACGUAUGAGUAAAUGGGGUCAUAUGUCGUUCCACUCUUCCACUGCUCUAUAUAAGCAACUGAAACAUCGAAGGAAUUAGACAGGAAGUUGAAGCUGAAGCUGAAGCUGCAGCUGCAGCUACAAGAAGAAUAAGAAUUUGAGUGAGAUGUGGAAACAGAGAACAUUGAGGCAAACAAUCAAACACAACACCUGCAGCAGCUCAUGAUGUGUAGGCCGAUCAAAAUUCAAAUGGAAGAUGAUGUGGCGCUGGAUCUGGACCGGAUCAGGGCGGUUCGAGUCCUGGGCCGUGGAGCACUGGGCACGGUCUUUCUCGUCACUGCCGCCACCGGUGGCCGCCUCCCCCCGCUUUUCGCCCUCAAGGUGUUCGACAAGCGCUCCGCCACCAAGCCCCACGCCCUCCGCCGCGCCCGCUGGGAGCUCUCCCUCCUCUCCCGCCUCUCCGCCGCUCCCCGUGACCAUCCCCACCCCCACCCGUUUCUCCCCUCCCUCCUUGGCUGCGUCGAGACGCCGGAACUUCUGGCUUGGGCGAUCCCCUUCUGCUCCGGCGGCGACCUCCACGCUCUCCGCCGUUCCCUUUCUCCUUCCGAUGAGGAGGCGUUCUCCCCGGCGGCGACCCGCUUCUACCUCUCCGAGAUCGUCGUCGGCCUCACCCAUCUCCACUCCAUCCGCGUUGCCUACCGCGACCUCAAGCCAGAGAACAUCCUCCUCCGUUCCUCCGGUCACAUUAUGCUCGCCGAUUUCGACCUCUCCCGCCACCUCCCUCCCAGAUCGAUCACUGCCUCCUCCCCUCCUCCUCCACUUCCCUCCGACAACAUCCGUCGUCCCAUACGGAAGCUCACUCGCGUGUUCUCCCUUGGCGCCGCGGACAACCAGAUCAAGCAAGCAAGAUUGGCCAGAGUCUCGCCUGCUGGUCGCCGUAGGACGAGCUCCUCCUCCAUUUCGCAUUCCGACGCGGAAGAGCGGUCCUUCUCGUUCGUUGGGACGGAGGAAUACGUGGCGCCAGAGGUGGUGCGCGGCGAAGGGCACGGCUUCGCGGUGGAUUGGUGGGCGCUGGGGAUCCUGGCGUACGAAUUGGCGUACGGGCGGACGCCCUUCCGGGGGCGGAACCGAAAGGAGACAUUCCGCAACGUGCUCACGCGGCCGCCUCUGUUCCCCGGGCGGCGGCGCACGGAUCUCACCGACCUCAUAGAGCGGCUCCUGGUCAAGGAUCCGGAGCGGCGGCUAGGGUUCACUGGCGGUGCGGAGGAGGUGAAGGGGCACCCUUUCUUCCAUGGAGUUAAAUGGGAACUUCUCCCGGAGGUGGCGCGGCCUCCUUUCAUGGCGCCGGUGAUCGACGAGGAAGAGGAAGUGGAGCAGGAGAGGAGCAACAACGAGAGAGCAAUGGGAUUCGACGUGCGCGAUUACUUUAAAGAGCUCCGGCAACGAGAGCCAACGGUGCCGCCGUCGAGGUCGUCGGAGUCCUUGGAAGACUUCUGACGGCGCCUCUCAAUUAGUAACUUGAAUAUUUUUUUACCCUUUUAGGAUAAGCUCAAUAAAUGGUUUAGCAUGAAUAAAACCGGAGUGCGAGGGUGAAUCUGUAAUUUAUCAUAUUUCUGGACAAAUAAUAAAAAUGACUAAAAACUAAAAUAAAAUUAGUUCAACUAAAAA